CGGAAAAUCUGGAUUAUUUUCCAUACUCUGCCCAAGACCCAUCCCAUUGGAAUCAGAAUUCCAACAACAUUUUUUUGGUUUUCUGUUGUACCAGAAAUCUGCAGAAUUUCCCUCACCUUGAAUAGUAGCUAUCUCGUGUCAACGGUCAAACAAGAUCAAAUUCCAAUUUCCAUCGUACAAAGGUGGUGAUAUAUUCAUUCAUGUCUGCGCUCAACAGUUGUAUUUAUAACUUCUCAGAUGCAUAAAAUUAGGGCUUGGCAUCAUCACCAUGUUGAGCUCUCCCUCUCUUGCUCAACGCCCAUCCCUCCUUCUUCCCUCUCUCUCUCGACUUAGGGUUUUGAACCGUCACUCCGCUUCAUUGCCGCUACCGAGCACCUUUCGGGCCUCUCAAUCUCUUCAAAAGUCUUCAAGCAAGGAUUUGAAUUCAUUGGCUGUAUUGCCGAAAUGGAAAAUAUCGUGUUUUCGGGAUGAAGAUUUUGCAUCUGGAGACCCAAAACCUGAGAUUAUUGAAGAUAAUGUGCAUGAAGAGUUGGUGGAGCCCAAAGUGGAAACGCCAAGUGAAAGAAAAAGAGAUUGGGUUUCAAGUCUCCAAGAGGCUGCAGAUGCAGUAUUUAGAGCUAUUGGAAAACCAUGGACCGUGCCAUGGACAGCUGAGACCAUACUCCAGGUGACGCUUCUGUGGAUUGUCACAUUCUGGUUUGUGGGCUCUUGGAUGAUUCCCUUUGGAGCUCAGAUGUUGGGUUUCAGCAAGGAAUCUCUAACAUAUAGAGGACAAGCCUUGUACAGCCUCUUAACUGAUAUAACCGAAGGCCUUGCUGGAAUUGCAAUUCUCCAUCGCUGCCUGUCUCGCUUCCGUCCCCUCCCAUCCGAUUGGUUUAGAUUUAGCCUGAAAGGAAAGUGGCUGUUUGAUGUAGCCCUUGGGUGCCUAAUGUUUCCCUUGGUUAACCGGCUUUCACAGUUCAACCUUGACUUAUGGCCUCUUAUGCCUUCUACACCUGUCACCCUCUCAAACGUCGAACAAUCAAUUGUGGCACGGGACCCUGUUGCAAUGGCGUUAUAUGCACUUGUGGUUUCGGUGUGUGCUCCAGCUUGGGAGGAGGUUGUGUUCCGUGGUUUCCUUCUCCCCUCCUUGACCAAGUACAUGCCCGUGUGGUGUUCAAUCCUUGUGAGUUCAGUUGCAUUUGCUCUAGCACAUUUCAAUGUUCAAAGGAUGUUGCCUCUUGUUUUUCUUGGGGUUGUGAUGGGUGUUAUUUUUGCGCGAUCAAGAAACUUGUUACCUUCUAUGCUGUUGCACAGUCUUUGGAAUGGAUUUGUUUUCCUAGAUUUGAUGAAAUAGAAUUCUUGCUCUACACAUUUUCGGUUGGUUCCUACCUAAAGCACAAAAUCUGGCAGAUUUGUUGUCUAUGACCUUUGGAGGGUUGCUGCAAAUGAUACAAUAGCAAUUUCUGCCAACCGCAGCGCAAAUUCACCCAGGAGAUAUAUACUGGGGAAUGCGCUAUUCGCGAAUCAACCAGUUGUUUCAUUUCCUUUUUGUUUCCACUGGAAGCAUGGUAACAAAGAGAAGAUUGCCACCGUCGCCGAAGGAAGUCCAGCAUGCAAGUAUAGUGAUGCUGUCUUACUGUAUUUUGCUAGAUCAAAAGGUCAGCUUUUUAUUUCUUUUAUCUGUAUUUGAUGAAUAUCGUGUACAUUGGUACAUUAUUUAACUUCAAUCUAUCACACUUUUUUGUCAA